GCCACUACAAGCUGGCCAGUUCCUAGUCGUGCAGACGAGUCAAGGGCCGAGAGAUCGUAGUGGUUCGUUGGUGUUCGCAUUGAUCGAUCCUGCACCCUGAAAGUCCGAAACCGAGGCGUUGGCCCGAAAUGGCUUAGUCAAAUAUUUAGUCACGUGCCGUCCCAAAUUCAACUGUCCGCUGCGCUUCGAAAAGCCAUUGCACAAAGACAUCCUCGAGACAAGCACAAGAAGCCGACAGUGUCGACCGACCACAAUGGCGGCACAAUGGCGAGCGAAGAAGCUCGAUUUAGGCGGUUUCAUCAACAUCAAGAUCAUCCGAGAUCACAGCAAGCGAAAAGCCUACGAGAGAUUCGAACCCCAAAGGCAAGCUCUACGAUACGUCAUCCGUAAUACAUCCCUUCCGCAAUGGAUGCGAACACAAGCACAGCUCGAACUCCAGAAAAUGCACUGCUACACCAGACCGACGCAAAUCAAGAACAGAUGCGUAAUGGGAGGUGUGUCAAGGAGUGUCUUGAGAGAUUUUAAGAUGGGUCGCUUCAUGUUCCGAAUGCACGCACUCGAAGGAUCUAUACCCGGUGUUAAGAAAGCGAGCUGGUAGUCUGUACGAAUAUUCAAGAGAAGGGUUUGUGACCAGCGUUACAAUGUACAUAUACUAGACAAAAGAUGGCUCAAUAACUACACUUUCGAAAGUCAAGCAGACACGUUAAUCC